AUGGCAGCCGACACUAGACGCCAGAAUAAUGCAGGAACAAGAGUGCCGGUGGCUCUGCCCAAGGGCGAGCCUACUCAGCCUGCAGCAUCUUCGGUAUCUCAGGAUGUUAGUUUGCAAUCAGCCAUUGGAAGCCGCGUCCGCCUGACCACCACUGCGCCAAAUCAAACAACAGUGGAGGGUACUGUCUACACGGCUGAUCCCCUGACCAACCUUCUCGUCAUCAAUACCUCUGCCAGCUCUACCAUCUCCAUUACCUCCACUUCCCUCGUCGCCCCGGCGGGUGCCUACCGAAUCAUCCCCAUUUCGCAAAUCAGUUCCUUCCAGCUCCUCUCGCUCCCUCAAUCAUCCCCGGUACCUGCGAACACCUCGGCCCUCAACACAAUCGACACGAAUGCUGUGCAAGCCCGACUUGCGAAGAACAUAGCUAGCCAGCAAGCGGCACAAGCCCGCGUCGGGCCCAAAGGCACUAGCCCAGUUGACCAAGCGCUGUUCGAUGCGCUCUCCCGGACUCACCCAGCGCGCUGGUCUGGCAACAUCAUGGUCAUCUCAGAUACUUUCUUGAUUGACAAACCGUAUGGCGCGGCAAAUGUUCGGCACGCCGAGGGCCGAGAUGGUGAUCUGGAGCGGAUGAAGAAGGUGGUAGAUAUGGAGCGGUCGAAGAUCACACUGAGAUUUGCGAAGGGAUCGCUCGACGGGAAGCUAGGAUCUGAUGUCUCGCCUGUCAAAGCGGCUUCACCCGCAGGCAUGAAGAAGGGCGGCUAA